AUGGAUGCUUACGACAUAUUUAAGAAACUUACUAAAGGGCUAACAUUUAAACAACGUGUAUUGGGCGCGAAGAAUUCGAAACAAAAUGUGAAACCGGUUUUAGUGAAAGAAACCGACGUGAAAAUUGCAAAAUGUGAGGAUAAACUAGAAGAAUCAGAACAUGAAGAAAAUUAUGAAACGGCCAAUAAGGAAGAAUCAGAGUUAUCCAGUUCAGAUGAUGAGAUCUUGGAUGAUGAUGAGCUCAAGAUUGUUAAUGGAUUUAGUGUUGGCAAAAAAGAAAAGAAAAAAGACAAGAAGAGUAAACUUAGUCCUGAGGAAUUGCAGAUGAAACUUACGGUGGAAGAGCAAAAUCGCUUCCGCAACGAACAUGGCAUCAGAGCUGUCGGACGGCACAUACCCAGUGCUUUGAAAAACUUCGAUGAUCUCAUCUCGAGGUAUAAAAUAUCUUCAGAAAUGGUAGAAACAAUAAAAAAGUGUGGAUAUACAGAACCCACGCCGAUACAGAGGCAAGCGCUGCCGUGUUUGUUAGAGGGUCGUCAAAUAGUAGCAACGGCACCAACUGGUUCAGGUAAAACAGCAGCAUUCACCAUUCCCCUUUUGCAUUCCCUGGGGGCUCCGUCUGGAGGCCCAAGGGCUCUUAUUCUGUGCCCCACACGGGAGCUAGCUCAUCAGAUCUAUAGAGAGGCCCUAAGACUAUCUGCAUCUACACAACUCAGGUGUAGUGUUAUUAAGAGUGUGAAAAGCAGUAAGGUCAAAGAGAGGGAAUCAACUAUACGAAAGAGUGAUAUUGUUAUAAGCACACCUAAUCGUCUGUGCUACAUGCUAAAUCAGGACAAUGUUACCAUAUCUCUAGACAAGGUGCAAUGGUUAAUAAUAGAUGAGGCUGAUAAGAUGUUUGAAGGCUCUGAAGAGGAGGUGGAUACCUUCCGGCAGCAGCUUGGCGUCAUAAUAUCUGCUUGUGAUACAAAACGUACUAAACUCGCUAUGUUUAGCGCCACACACACUCCGACUCUCGCAAAAUGGGCGAGACAUAAUAUGCGCGGGCUUAUAAAUGUAACUGUCGGCUUGAGAAAUGCUGCAGCAAAUACUGUUGAUCAAGAAUUAUUAUUCUGUGGAAAUGAAAAUGGAAAACUCGUCGCAUUUAGACAAUUAGUGCAGAAAGGGCUUAAGCCACCCGUUUUAGUGUUCGUACAAAGCAAAGACAGAGCGAAACAAUUGUUCAAAGAGUUGAUAUACGACGGAAUCAAUGUUGACGUCAUACACGCCGACCGGACUCAAGCGCAGAGAGACAACGUGGUGCGCAGUUUUCGUGUGGGUCGAAUCUGGGUUCUGAUUUGUACGGAGCUAUUGGGACGCGGUAUCGACUUCCGUGGUGUAAACUUGGUCAUCAAUUAUGACUUUCCACCGUCUGCCAUCUCCUAUAUUCACAGGGUGGGGCGGGCAGGUCGCGCCGGCCAGAAGGGACGAGCCAUCACCUUCUUUACACAAGAUGAUGUCGUUAAUUUAAGAAGCAUCGCAUCAGUAAUGAAGCAGUCCGGUUGCGAGGUGCCAGAGUACAUGUUGACGAUAAAACAGGACAACAAUAAACGAAAGAGGCUGCUCAAGAAGGCGCCCCAUAGAGACAAGAUAUCCACAAUUCUGGAGAAACCUAGCAAAAGGAAAUUAGAAGAUGCAAACGAUAAACAGAAAAAUAAAACGGAAGACACAGACGAGGUAAAGAAUGGCAAAAGUAAGAAAUUCAGAAAAAUCUCUAAAGAAGGAAACUUAAAGAAGAAGAAUAUGAAGAAAAACGACAAAGGAAAAAAGAACAAUGUGAGGAAGAAAAAGAAGUCACUUAAACCUAAAUAA